CGCAACCCACUGGUCACACUAGCAGGUACAAGAAGCUUCGCGUGUGCCCCGCUUGUAAUUUUUUCCCGGCUUUUCUUCCUAUCCACGAUGGAUCUGGCGGAGCUGCUGCAGCAGGCCCAGCGCCUGGUAAAUGAGACCGAGAUAGAGACGGAUCUGCCGCGCGUGGAGCGCACCUUGUCGCAGGUGUUGCAGGCCACCCAGGAGAUGCACGCGCGUGUCACCCAAACCGGCACCAAUGAUCUGCAGGCCCACAUCCUGCUCGGCUCCAAGGGCGUGGACCUGCCCAAGAUGAUCCAUAAGCUAGAGACGCUCAGCGCUCGCAACUUCCUCGAGCCGCUUGAUCCCAUCCAGGAAACCGAUGUCAAGGGCUAUCUGAAAAACGAGCGAGAGAACACCAUACUGAGCGUCAUUGAAGAGACCAAUCGCAAUAUUUACUCCUCCGUGGAGCGUCAAAAGUGGCGCAGCAUCUACAGUGAUUGGGGCAACAUGAAGGAAUCGUUGCUCAAUGCCCUGGUUGGUGCUAACCAGCAGGAUUUCCCCGACGUGCAGCGCCAAAUGGUGGCCACGGAGCUGCCCGACGAGCCAUCGCCGUACUCCCGUCUCAGUCUCUUUGAGAAUUUGUACGCCAAGGAAAUUACAUCCUACAACGAAUCACACAUCCAGGGCGGCCAUCGCACCAACUUGGUGGCUACCUUUGCUACACUUGCCAGAGAGAAAUUCGACGAUCCGCUGGUCACCGAGAUGUGGAAUGUGCUGAAUUACAUGGCCAAUGUGACGCCCAUGUCGCGCAACAUCGAUCCCAUACAUUGCCGCCAGAUGGCUCCGGAGUUUAUCAAGCAGGCUCGCAUAUAUCUGGAAUGCCGCUACAAGAUCUACAUGAACGCCGUCACUGAAAGUAAUUUGGUGGUUGCCAACCGCGGUGGCAUUCCCAACGUCUACCAUCUGGUCUGCUCCUAUGUGAGUGUUCAGUUCCAACAGAGCCAUACCCGCGUCGGCCUGCUUAAUGUGGACAACAACGGCAAGCCGCUGUGGCCGCAUAUCUACUACAGUCUGCGCUGCGGCGAUUUGGGUGCAGCUGUGCAGUUCCUCAAGGAAUCAGGCACCUGUACCGAGCUCCUCAAGCUAAUGACGCUGCAGCGUUUGGGGGACAACACCACGGAGAAAUCGGCGACCACUAAGCUCGAGGGACAGCUGAAACUGGACUACAACAACAAGCUGCGCGUCUGCAGUGAUCCGUACAAGAAGGCCGUUUAUGCCAUCGUACUGGCCUGCGAUCCACACGACGGCCAUGCGGAACUGAUACGCACCAUCGAUGAUUUCCUAUGGAUGCAGCUGUCCAUUUUGCGGGAGCAUGAGAAGCGAGACUAUAACAUCGAGCAGCUUACAUAUAGCGGCCUGCAGUCACUCAUCCUGGAGAAGUAUGGCGAGAAUUACUUCAAUGCCAGGGAGAAGGCGCCGCUAUACUUCCAGGUCCUGGCCCUCACUGGCCAGUUUGAGUCCGCCAUCGAGUUCCUCGCUCGCAAUCAGACCACCAUUACGCACGCCGUACACAUGGCCAUUGCUCUGAACGAGAUGUGUCUGCUGGGAACGCCCAAAUCGAUAAAUGAACCACUGCUCAGCGCCGAACCGGAUGAUCCUGCGCCAAUGAAGCGUCUCAACCUGGUGCGUCUUGUUGUGUUGUAUGCCAAGUGUUUCGAGCGAACGGACACCUCCCAGGCCCUGCAGUACUAUUACCUGCUGCGCCACUUCAAGACCGAGUACCGUGGCCCCAAUGCCAUGUUCACCUGUGUCUGUGAUCUACUCGUGGAGAACUGCAACGACGAGAUGCUGACGCUGAUAUUCGGCGUUGAGGACGACCAGAACUAUAAUGGCUUCACGGGCGGCAUCUUUGACGAGUUCCAUACCAUGGACUAUGACAUGUACUCGCUGGCGGGCAUGGUGGGCGACGAGCUCGCCGAUCGCAGCAACUUCGAGUCGGCCAUCAAGCUCUACUACAUAGCUGGUCAGCUGGACAAGGCUCUGCGUUUGGUGUGUUCCCUGCUCGCGCAGGUGGUCCACCAGGCGACGCGUCCGGGCAGCAUGCGGGAGCGUCUGACGCAUAUCAUUCAUCGUAUGGAUAUGGCACUAGGGGAACGUAAAACGGACGUGCAGGCCCAUGUGAUGAUCACAUACAGAACACUGUCUCGUUUAAUGGAGUUCUUUGAUCUCGUUAACGAGGGGGAAACACGUCUGGCCUCGGAAAUCCUGGCCAACAAUCGUCUGGUGCCGUCCAAUUCCAACGAAGUCGACGAAUGCGUGACGAAUCUGAAGCGCAUGGGUCCAGAGAUAAUCAAGGUGCUGCCCGAGGUCAUCAUGGCGGCCAUGAACAUUGUAUAUUCGGAGUAUGUGGAGCAGCGUGGUGGCUCGGAAAAUGGCAACGUCGACGAGACUCAGGAUGAGAACCGAGAGGCUGUCCUCCGUCAUCUGCGUGGCAGGGCCAAGGCGCUCACCAAUAUGGCAGCGAGUGUUCCCUACCGCAUGCCAGCGGCCAUCAAUCAGCGUCUCCUCCAGCUGGAGAUCCUUAUGCUCUAAGGCUGGGUGGGACCUUUCCUCUAUCUAUUCAAAUAUGAGGAUGCUUUUAAUUUGGAAUUAUCUAGUUACACUUUUUGUUUGCUUUAUUAUUUAUGAACACUAACGUUUUGCUGAACAAAUCGAAGAAGAAUGUGGUUUAAAUUAAAGGAAAUUCCUUACAAAUUGGCGAGAA